ACGUUUUGUUCUUUCGUGCUUUUGACCGCCAGUGGCCGUGCGAAGUGAUUUCUAAGAGCCAUCAGGUGUCCUGCUCAAGAUUUUAGGGCGCAAGUGCGCUGCGCCCUAAACAUUUCGGAAACUCUUUAUAAAAAAUUUUGCAACUAAAUUAAAACAACCCAAACAACAUUUCCCUCUUUUUAAAUGGCGCCAACUUCGGUCUUGGCCAUACGGGCCGCUGCAUUGAAAUCAGUAGAACUCCUACGCGAAUUACACAAACGCGCUUUUAGCAACAAAUUUCUACUUGUAACCAAUGUGGGCAUUUCGCUGGGCCUUAGUACCGUCGGUGAUCUAUUGGAACAACAUUACGAAAUGUAUAGUGGCGAUUUGAAUGAAUGGGACAAACAACGCACCACUAACAUGGGUAUUUCCGGUAUGGGUGUUGGUGCCAUCUGUCAUUUUUGGUACAAGUUCCUCGAUCACCGAAUGCCUGGUCGCACGAUUGGCAUUGUUAUGAAAAAAAUUGUGUUGGAUCAAUUCAUUUGCUCACCACUCUACAUAUCCGCAUUCUUCAUGACGAUGGGCGCGUUGGAAGACAAAUCGAUUGAAGAGACAUGGCAGGAGAUGAAAGAAAAAGCGUGGAAAUUAUAUGCUGCCGAAUGGAUGGUAUGGCCACCCGCACAAUUUAUUAACUUCUAUUGGUUACCCACACGAUAUCGCGUAUUCUAUGAUAAUGUCAUUAGUCUAGGCUAUGACGUUUAUACAUCGCAGGUGAAACAUAAUGACUAGGCCAAGGGUUAUCAUUUAUUUGGUCUAGGGCAAUCUAAUUAGAAAUUUUCCAAUCAGUACGGAAAUGUAUGUAUCGAACACAUUCAGUAAUGAAGACUAAUUAGGCAUACAUGUGUAUAUAUAUGUUUAACAUAAGCUGUGAAAUUUCUCAGUGGAUAUUGCUAUUUUGAUAAAGAUGUACACACAACUUAUUUAUUAAUGAUUCCUGUAAAUAGAAGUAAAAUAAAAGGGAGUUAACAUA